AUGUCAAUUAUUAGUAGUAACUCGACACCUCCAAGUUUUGGAGAACUUAACUUAAAAGAGUUGAAAUGUUUAAAACUAGACUUUGGUGGAGACCCCAAACAAGGUUAUGAUCUUGAAGGUAGUUCAAUGGUUGCAACAGAGUAUGGUGUAGACAGUGCUUUGAUUUUAAAAAACCCAGUCGAUCCAUUCAUUAUGAUUAAAUCAAAUUUUAUCACCCUUUCGGAUGAAUCAUGGAUAAAGAUCUAUGCCAAACCAAUUUCAGUAUACCAUCAAUAUCUAGAAUUCAAGGAAUCCCAAACACCUGGUAGACAAACUAUCAAUUGUUUCAGGGGAACUGUACCAGAUUAUACAAACAUGGAACAAACAGUUGCAGAAUGUGACAAGAAGAGUGAUAUUAAAACAAAGUUUGAAUAUACCGGUCCCAUACCAAUUCAAGAAAAAAUUACUAGACCGGUUGAUUUGGAUGUUGGUACAUUUGCUAUUUUCCAAACAGUUUUAGUGUAUGGCAUUAAAUUGAUCCUUUUAAACGGAUCUGCAAUAUACUAUACUGCUAGUGUAUACCGUGAUCAGGUAUUUGGAAUUCCAACCAGCAGAGUUUGGUAUGAACCACCUUCUGCUGAACAAGCACGUGCAUACCUAAUGGGAUCAGUACUUGUUGUUGGUGUUGUUUCAAAACAAUCAAUGGAAGCAAAGUCAAAUCAAAUGAAUGUAACACAUUCAAUCAAAGAAUAUGUAGACAAGAUGCUGGGAAUGGUAGAUGGUAUGAAAGUAUUGGUACUAGAUAAAGAGACUGCAGGUAUUGUUAGUAUGGUAUAUACACAAUCAGAUAUUCUUCAAAAACAAGUAUUCUUGUUUGAAAGAAUCGACAAUGAAUCUGCAGAGAUAAUGACUCAUCUAAAAGCUGUUUACUUUGUUAGACCUACUCAACUCAAUAUAUCUAAAAUCGUUCAAGAAUUGAGUUGUACAACUCCUAAAUACUCUUCCUAUAAUCUUUUCUUUUCAAAUAUUAUUGGUAUUGGAUUAAUUGAUGAACUUGCAAAGUCUGACAACAAUAAUCUAGUCCACCAAGUACAAGAAUUCUUUGCCGAUUUCUAUGCAAUCAAUCAAGACUUGUUUAAUUUAAAUAUUGAUAAUGUUCUAAUCAAGAGUAAAUGGUCACCACAACAAACAGAACGUAUCAUACAAGGUGUAUUUUCAAGUUUACUAGCUGUUAAAAGAAAACCUUCCCUUCCAACCAUUCGUUAUUCUAUCAAAUCUGAAUCAUCUAAAUUUUUAGCUUCAUCCCUAAAUGAUAAAAUAUUAAAAGAAAGAGAUUUAUUUUCCAAUAAUACAUCUUCAUCAACAUUAUUAUUAAUUUUAGAUAGAAAGGAUGAUCCAGUAACACCAUUGCUUCAUCAAUGGACCUAUCAAGCAAUGGUUCAUGAAUUAAUGGGUAUUCAUAAUAAUGUUGUUAAAUUGGAAAAACCUCUUCCAAACUAUAGUAAAGAUAAAAAGAAAGCUUUCCAAUCAACCAAUCAAGUAAUUUUAUCAAGUCUUCAAGAUUCAUUCUUUAGAGAUAAUUUAUACCAAAACUAUGGUGACCUUGGAUCGAUUAUUAAAAAGCUUGUAGAUAGUUAUCAAGAAAAAACAAAUUCAAAUGCCAACAUUUCAACAAUAGAAGAUAUGAAGAAUUUUAUGUUGGACUAUCCAGAUUUCCUCACACUUUCCUCAAAGGUUUCAAAACAUGUAGCCGUGAUGGAGGAAUUGAGCAAUAGGAUCUCUAAAGAUUUUUUAAUGGACAUUUCAGAAAUGCAACAAGAGUUGGCAUGUAAUCACGAACACAAUACUGCCUAUGUAACUUUGGUUCAAGCAUUGGAGAAUCCAAAAUACAACGCCCAAGACAAAUUGGUUUUGGUAUUAUUGUAUAGUCUUCGUUAUGAAGAUGGUAGAUUGUGGGAACUAAAGGAAUUGUUGGAAAAAAGGGUUGGCAUACCAAAAGAAGACAUUUCCCUCAUCACUACUCUUAUCAACUAUGCAAGUGCAACCAAAAGAGAGGGUGAUCUUUUUGGAAACAAAAAUCUCUUUACAUUUGUCAGACAAAUGGCUACUAGAGGUUUAAAUGGUGUAUCCAAUAUCUAUACCCAACACAAACCUUUACUUUUCAAUAUCUUGAAUCAAAUUCAAAAUGAUAAAUUAUCAAUUCAAUCUUUUCCGUUUAUUUCUCAAACAACAAAAGAAAAACCAACAGAAAUAAUUAUUUUCAUGGUUGGAGGUAUAACUUUUGAAGAAGCAUAUAAUGUAUUUUCAUUUAAUUUAAUCAACAAGGGAGGUCCUAAAAUAGUAUUGGGUGGUACCAGUAUCAUCAAUUGCAAACAGUUUCUAAAUGAAUUGCGUGGUUUAGGGAAAUCAUAA